AUGUCAAACACAAGAAACGCACCGAUGUUGUCCAACACUGUUAACGCACCAGUGGGACCACAAACUGUUAACAGACCGAUGUGGUCAGAAACUGUUAACGGACCGAUGUGGUCAGAAACUGUUAACAGACCGAUGUGGUCAGAAACUGUUAACGGACCGAUGUGGUCAGAAACUGUUAACAGACCGAUGUGGUCAGAAACUGUUAACGGACCGAUGUGGUCAGAAACUGUUAACAGACCGAUGUGGUCAGAAACUGCUAACGGACCGAUGUGGUCAGAAACUGCUAACGGACCGAUGUGGUCAGAAACUGUAAACAGACCGAUGUGGUCAGAAACUGUUAACGGACCGAUGUGGUCAGAAACUGUUAACAGACCGUUGUGGUCAGAGACUGUUAACGGACCGAUGUGGUGUCACACUGUUAACAGGCCAUUGGGAUCAGAAACUGUCCACGAAUCUAUGUACUCAGACACAUUUGACGGACCAUUGGGGUCAGACGCACAGAUGUUGCCAUAUACUGUUAACGCACCGAUGUUGCCAGAUACUGCUAACGCACCGAUGUUGCUAGACGCUGUUAACGCACCGCUGGGGUCGAACAUUAGGGAGGAAACGAUGUGGCCAGACACAAGUAAUGAAGCGGGAGGUAGAAUGGUGAUCUCCGCAAGCUGA